AUGUCUGGGGAGGACUUCUCGGCCUGGCUGGCCAAGUGGACGAAGCCGGACGGCGACGGCGGCGAGGCCGCCGAUCCGCCGCCCGACGAUGCGCCCGACGACGGCUUCCAGCCGACCUGGUCGCCGCGGGCCGUGGAGGUGAGCCUCGCGCGCGCCCUCGGCCGCACGCCGGAGCCGUUGCCUCCCAAGACGCCGAAAACGCCGGAGCCCGAGCCCGCGCCCGCGCCCGCGCCGGAGCCCGCGCCCGAGCCGUCGCCGCCUCCGAAGCUCGAGCCCGACACGCCGCGGUCGUCGCGGCGGCCCGGGGGGUCGACGAAGAAGCUGACGCCCCGGCCGAAGAAGAAGAAGCUGAAGAAGAAGAAGGAGCCCAAGGAGGCGAAGCGCCGCUGGAGCGUCCGCGACCGGCGCGAGUCGGGCUACGCGUCCGAGCCGGGCGACGCGGGCGCUCCGGCGCGCCGCGAGGCGCUCGAGCGGCCCGCGCUCAAGGACGACGACGACGAGAGCCUGCUCAGCUCCGAGGCCGCAUCGCCGCCGCGGGAGCUGUCGCUCGACGAGCAGUUCUACGCCGCGUUUCCCGACAAGAGCGCGAAAAACGACGACGCCGAGCCGGCCGAGGACUUCUCGCGGCCGCGGCCCAAGUCGAGCUACCACCGCGCCAGGGUCGCCCUUGCCGCGCCCUGGGGCGCGCGCAGCCCCGCGGCCCUGCCGGCCGUCCUCGAGGAGCUCCGGCACCACUUCUGCCCGAACUGGCGCCUCGAGUUGUUGCGCACGGGGCUCCACGAGGAGAUGCGGCGCCGCGACAUCGGCAUCGGCGACAUGUUCGCCCUCGUCGACGAGGACCACUCCCUCUCCCUCGACGCGACGGAGCUCUUCGCCAUGGCCCAGCGCCUCGGCUGCGACACGCGCGUGUCGGACACGGACAAGCUCAUCGACGACCACGGCGACAGCGACGAGGGCGAGAUGACCAUCGAGCAGUUCGUCUACUGGUUCCACGAGGGCUCGGCCCAGCAGGGCCACGGGCCCGGCGCGAACCCGCCGCCGGCGUCGCCGACGCGGGGCUCCCGCCGGUCGACGCGGAAGCGCGCGCGCAAGUCCAUGACGGCCAAGGCGCGGCGCAGCGACGCCCUCGACGCCUACGCCGACAGCGUCAUCUCCCACGUGCCCUUCGACGACAUGAGCGACGGCGACAUGCUCGCCGUCGAGGCGACGCUCUUCGACGGCGCCGUCCGCGACGUCAUCGCCACGUUCUGGAAGCUCACGGACGAGGACGGGUCGGGCGCGCUCAGCAACGACGAGUACACGGCGCUCAGCGUGCAGAUGCAGCGCGCCAUCCACGAGGCCGAGAGCCCCGGCGAGCCCUUCGACGCCGCCGCCGCGGACGAGAACGCGGCGAACGACUGGAACGAGGACCGCCACGGCAAGGACAUCGUCGACCUGCGCGGCUUCCACCUCUCCAUGCUCCAGCUCGCCGACGCCUGGGCCGACGAGGCGACCGUCGCGGCCGCGCGCGCGGCGGCGAAGAAGGCCGCGGCCGCGCGCCUGCCGGUCGGGCCCGCGGCGCGCGCCGCGGGCGUCGCCGCGACGCUCGCCAAGCUGCUGGACACGGUGUCCAUCGUCGACCGCACGGGGAAGCGCGUGUGGCGCUGGAAUCUGCGGGGCGACGCGUCGCCGGAGAAGCCCGCGACGCCGCCCCCGGCCGUCGCGCGCCUCGGGACGCCGCCGAAGAAGGCGGCACCCCCGGUCGCCGCCGCGGCGCCGUCGCCGGAGACGCCGCCGCGGACGGCGACGCCCGAGCCGUCGCCGGAGAAGCCCUGGACGCCCGACACGACGCCGCCGCUGUCGCCGCCGAAGGUCGCGUCGCACGCGAAGCCGCCGCCGCCGCGCGCGCCGGACCCCCACGCCCUCGAGAAGCUCAUGAUGGACGCCCUCAAGCCGACGCGGUCCCAGGCCGACGACGGCGAGGAGGACCAGCGCCGCUACCGCGAGGCCGCGGAGGCGUCGCCGCGCGAGCGCAUCCCGCGGCUCGAGCCCCGGCGGACGCCCGGCGAGCCCGCGGCGGAGGAGGCCAUGCUCGCCUACGCCGACGCGGCCAAGGUCGCCGCGCCGCCCAAGGCCGUCGUCGCCGUCACCGUCGCGCGGUCGCCGCGGCCCGAGCGCGCCCCGCAGCCGCGCGCGUCCGAGGGCAUGAUCUUCCACCGCGACGUGCGCGAGGUCGGCCUCGCCGUCGCCUACGAGCACGACGGCGACUUCGCCGCGCUCCUCGAGGCGGCGGAGGCGCGGGACCGCGAGGCCGCGGCCGCGCGCGACGCGCGGCUCCGCGCGAACCGCGCCAUCAUGGCCGCGGCGGGCCUCUACGCCGACGACGACGGCGCCUUCGAGCCGAGCCCGCGCGCGAGCCGGCGCCGCGACCCGGCGGAGAAGUUCGGGCCCCGCGAGAGCGCGACGCGGCCCGCCGCGGAGCCGCCGCGGCCGACGCUCACGCCGGGCCCGCCGCGGCGCCGCAAGCCGCGGCGCCAGCGGAACCCCGUGUCCUUCGCCGCGGACGUCGGCGACCCGGCGCCGCGCUCCGAGCUCGACCGCCUGCUCGCGGAGCCCGCGGUGUCGCGCGGCGCGGACGCCUUCGGCCUCGGCGCGACGUCGCGGCGGGAGCGGGAGGAGCCCGCGCCCGACGACACGCUCGACGCGCUCCUCGCGGGCCUCCGCGGCGACGACGGCUCCGUGUCGUCGCUGUCGACGGCGGCGACGCCGCCGCGGCCCGCGCGGUGGACGCAGGUCGCCAAGGCCGUCGACGACGACCCCUCGCCGCUGCUCUCGGCGACGACGGGCGCGCCCGCGCGCAAGCCCGUGCCCCUGUCGUCGCGCCGCCACACGACCCACGACCUCGCCGAGCCCGUCCUCAACAUCACCUACACGCUCCCGAACCGCCCGUCCGCGAAGCGGCGCCGCGGCGGGCCGUCGGUGGCCGCGCCGGCGGGGCGGAGGGCCGAGGCCCAGGCCCACGCGCGCGGCCGCUUCGGCAACGUGGCGCGCAUGACCGCGCGGAAUUAUUAG